AUGGACUCCCCCGAACCAGACACCCCUUUCAGCGCCGUCACGGCGCAAACCACAAAAUACGGCCGCAUCUUCCAGACCUACCUCGACAAGUCAACGCCCUACACUCCCUACAGAUGGGGCGGCACAGGCUUCCUCUUCUUCCUCUUCGGCCUGCGCAUCUUCUUCGCACAGGGCUGGUACAUUGUUGCCUACUCGCUAGGCAUCUACCUCCUCAACCUCUUCCUCGCCUUCUUGUCCCCCAAGUUCGACCCCGCGCUCGAGCAGGAUGAGGGCAUGGAAGACGGGACCGCGGGUGCAAGUGGACUGCCUACCAAGGAGGAUCAGGAGUUUAGGCCCUUUGUGAGGAGGCUGCCCGAAUUCAAGUUUUGGUACUCAACCACAAAGGCCAUUGCCAUUGGAUUCUUCUGCAGCUGGUUCGAGAUAUUCAAUCUGCCGGUUUUCUGGCCGGUGCUGGUGGUGUACUGGUUGAUUCUUUUUGGGUUGACGAUGCGACGACAGAUUCAGCAUAUGAUCAAGUACCGCUACGUCCCUUUUACCGUCGGAAAGACACGGUACUCCGCCAACUAA